CUUAUGCAGUACUGUUUGCUGCUGUUAUGUGGUGGAGAGCGAGAGAAGUUUCCGUUUCCUGGCUGUGGUUUAAUUUAUAGUCAAUUCCAGAUUUCAUUCUUUGUCACAACGAGCAACAUACUAGUGGAAAAUAACUCAGGACAGAAACAGAGGGGAAGAUAUCCCUACCGAGUCCGCUUUCUCCGACCGCACACUGUGAUCCCCGAACAGCUGCGGUAUGGCGGAGCGAGGGAUAGCGGUAGCUUCGGUAGGGGCUGCAGCGGCGGGUAGCACAGGAGGUGGGACUGGAGUUCAGCGGACGGGGUCUGCUCCUUCUCCUCAUAUGCAGCCUUCCAAACCGGUUACCAUCACUUCAGGCAGACCGGUACAUAUGAACCUAUUCGCGACGUGGGAGGUGGACAGAAGCUCGCCAAGCUGCGUGCCCAGGUUAUUUAAUCUUACCCUGAAAAGGCUUAUAAUCUUUAAGGAGCUUGACAAGGACCUGAACUCUGUCAUAAUUGCAGUCAAGCUGCAGGGUUCCAAACGAAUUUUACGUUCUAAUGAAAUUGUUCUUCCAACUAGUGUACAAGUAGAAACUGAGCUGCACCUUACAUUCUCUCUGCAGUAUCCUCAUUUUUUGAAACGAGAUGCCAACAAGCUACAAAUAAUGCUGCAGAGAAGGAAGCGGUAUAAGAAUCGAACAUUCCUUGGGUAUAAAACAUUAGCCGUGGGGCUCAUUAAUAUGGCAGAGGUAAUGCAACACCCCAGUGAAGGUGCUCAGGUGCUUGGUCUCCAUAGCAACGUAAAGGAUGUUGUAGUGCCAGUUGCCGAAAUUAGAAUCGACUCUCUGUCUAGCCAGCCAGUUGACCAUGAAGGGCCUAAAAUAAAGAUGUCUGAUCGCUCUCCAGAUAUUGAUAAUUACUCUGAAGAAGAGGAAGAGAGCUACUCAUCUGAACAGGAUGGAAGUGAUGACCCUGUACAUGUUCAGGACUUGUUUUAUGAAGAUGAAGAUGAAAGAAAAGUGAAGAAGACAAGAAGAAAAUUGACAUCUGCUGCUGCAAUAACAAGACAACCCAAUAUCAAACAGAAGUUUGUAGCACUUUUGAAGAGAUUUAAGGUGUCUGAUGAGGUUGGUUUUGGUCUCGAACAUGUCUCUCGGGAGCAGAUCCAGGAAGUAGAAGAAGAUUUAGAUGAACUCUACGAUAGUUUAGAGAUGUACAACCACAGUGAUAGUGGCCCAGACAUUGAAGAAACGGAAAGCAUCUUAAGCACUCCAAAACCUAAACUAAAACCAUUCUUUGAAGGCAUGUCACAGUCAAGCUCACAAACGGAAAUAGGGAGCUUGAACAGCAAAGGGAGCCAGGGAAAAGAUAUUACAAGUCCAGAGCUAAAUGAACAGGAACUGCUGUUUGGAGAGUUGAAUAGUUCUGUAAGUGUUAUGGAGAAGACAAAAACACCAGUUAAAACCAUCAAACCAGAUUCCCAAAGCUUUACAUCACCCAGCAAAGUAGAGGGUAGUCAUACACCAAGGCAGAAGAGAAGUACCCCACUAAAGGAAAGACAGUUGUCAAAGCCACUGAGCGAACGGACCAACAGCUCUGAUAGUGAGAGAUCACCUGAUCUGGGGCACGGUACACAGGUUCCUCGUAAAGUUGUCUAUGACCAGCUGAACCAAAUUAUAGUGUCGGAUACUACUCUUCCUGAGAGCGUUAUUCUAGUACAUACAACAGACUGGCAGGGACAGUAUAUUGCUGAUGUGCUACAGGAAGAGAAGAAACCUGUUGUCUGCACUUGCUCCUCUGUUGAAGUUCAGACUGUGCUGUCUGCUAUUCUUGUAAAGAUACAGAGAUAUUGUAACUGCAACUCAUCAAUGCCGCGCCCAGUGAAGGUGGUUGCUGUUGGAAGCCAGAGUUAUCUCAGUGCCAUCUUAAGAUUCUUUGUUAGUCAGCUGGCUAAUAAAACUCCAGACUGGCUCAGCUACAUGCGGUUUCUCAUCGUUCCAUUAGGUUCGAACCCUGUUGCGAAGUAUGUUGGCUUAGUGGACACACGAUACAGCAGUUUGUUUAUGGACUCUGCCUGGAGAGACUUCUUCAGCAAAGCAGAGCCUCCUACAGAAUGUGUUGAUGUAGUUGGUCGUCUUACACAGUAUAUUUCUGGAGCCAGUGUAUCCCACCAGCUGCCAAUAGCAGAAGCAAUGCUGACUUGCAAACAUAGAACACGUGAUGAAGAUUCUUAUCAAAAGUUCAUCCCAUUCAUUGGUGUUGUAAAAGUUGGCCUUGUUGAACCAUCGCCAUCAGCUCCAGCAGCAGCAGAUGAAGAGCUGCCUGCAGUCAGCCUUACAGUACCGUCAACAUCUCCACCUCCACAUGGCACCACCCCUGGGCUGAGUAAAGACAUUGUUGCAACCCCUCCCUCAUCCCCCUCCAUGAGCAGUGGAUUAGCAGUUAUAGGGAGUCCAAGCAGCCAACAUGGAGGAGAUGCAAUAGGUCUUCAGGUAGAUUACUGGCUGGCUCAACCAACAGAGAAGAAAAAGGAAGGUGAAAAACGAGAUGCAAGCUCAAAGAACACAUUAAAAAGUGUCUUCCGUUCUCUGCAAGUAUCCCGGCUCCCAAACAGUGGAGAUAUGCAACCUUCAGUAACCAUGUCAAUGACAGUUGUCACCAAAGAAAAAAACAAAAAAGUGCCAACAAUCUUUCUAAGUAAAAAACCCAAGGAGAAGGAGCUGGACUCGAAGAGUCAAGUGAUUGAGGGGAUCAGUCGCUUAAUCUGCUCAUCCAAGCAACAGCAAACUAUGAUGAAGGUGUCCAUAGAUGGAGAAGAAUGGAAUGAUGUAAAGUUUUUUCAGCUAGCGGCUCAGUGGCCAACUCACGUUAAGCAUUUUCCUGUUGGACUGUUCAGUCACACCAAGCCUUCAUGAAAGUGUAUACAAGGCUGUUUUGCACAUUCUUCAGCAGCCUUUGCCAUCUUUGCUAGUCGUUAGCUGCACCAGGUGUCAGCCAGAUGAAUUUUUUUUGUAAUGCACUCCAUAUGUUAAUUUAGAAAACUACUGUUUUCUGAAUAUUAGAUUUGGGGCUGUCAUAGAAACUCAUUUUGGUGUAGCUGUGAAACGAUGCUGGUUUUCUUAGGAUUUCAUGUUGAUUUUCUUAGCCAGUUAUGGGAGUUCUGCAGUCAGAUGUUACGUUUUGUGUGCAAGUAUGCUGUAGAUGACUGUUAUAUAAAGGCACAGCUUUAUAUUCUUAAUGUUAAAAAUUGAUAAUCUUUUAACUCCUGUCAGCUGCUCAUUACAGAUGAAAGUCAGCAGGAUUACAGUGGAGCAGAUGUUCAUUACCAUUUAAGAUAGCCAGAAUGGAAGAGAUAACUGCAGCCAUGCAUACACAAUAAAUAGGUAGUGCUGAGUUGCAGAAUAUUUUAUUCUAUACUGGACAAAAGUGACUUCUAAAGUGAACAUGUAUAUAAAACGAGGAUGUCGUGAAGGUGAGCAAGAAAAUGGUCGUCAGUCAUCUAGUGUUUUACAGCUGAUAUAUUGUUACAUUUCAUUAUUUUUACUUGGAUAAUGUAAUAUGAGUUUGUCACGUGAUCCUGUCAGUUAUAAAACACAGCAUUUGAAAAGAAUGACAGCAAGCAAAUUUGUUUUCAUGCUUGCUUAACUAGUAAGCAGACUAUGUUCUGCUAUGUGCUAAGAAAAGCAGUGAGGUAAAGCUAGGAGUUUACCUUUCAUACCACAUUAUACACAGACACCCUUGGCCUACUAUAUCUGGGAAGACAGCAGUGUCUCAGGAUAAAUGCUAAAUGUUGGACACACUGCUUUCAUGGCAAAAUAUUUAGUAUCUUUACAUUUUAAUCACUUAAUCUUAAACUAUUGUGAAUGAAGACAGUAUACUAUUUUUAAUUAGAUGUGGUUUACUGUAAGCUCCCUGCUGUUGGCUGUUCUGUCACUAUUUACCACACCAUUUUUUCAUGAAUGUUUUGGUCACACACAUCUUAAAGAUUCAUUGUAAGUAGAUAGUUUUUGAUGAAUACAGUUAUGCAUAUCAAACUAGGAUUUUUUUUGGUAAUGAUCCUUAGGCGAGUUAUUGCAGGAGUGCUUUGUUAGAAGUUAUGUUUCUGUGCCUGAAUUUGUAGUAAAAUGGUUCUGGAUUUUUCUGCUGUUACAAGGCCAGAAUUCCUGUUUUUCAUGACUUUGUAGUACUGAACUAGCAUUGAAAGUCCAGGCAGACUGAAACUCAAAGUGCUAAGUGUGUGUUUCUUCUCAGAGAGCAUGGCUGAACUCAGUUUGUCAGUUGCAAGGACAAUCUUUUGGAUUGGCUUUAUCUGUCAGAAAAUGACUACCAUGGUCACAUUUUUAAGUACACAUACUGCAAAACUGAGAUUUAGGCAUUGAUUGGCUGCAGACAGUUAAUGUGAAAUCCUUUCUUUUUAAUCACUUAUUUUUAUUAGAAAUGUAUGUACAAAAAACACAACCAGUAGCUCAGCCUUAGUUUGACAACUAAAUAUUUUUCCAGUAUACCAAGAUAUUUUUCUUGCCCAGAAGUAAUCAGUAUAGUAAUAUUGAUAUUAUUAUGAGGAUAGUUAUUCUAAAUAUGGUAUUUUAAUUUAAAAAUUAAACUUGACUUAUACUCAUGAAAUUGUAUUCUAAAGGAUGUAGUCUUGUAGCAGCAUUUUAACUGCUGCUAAGAAAAAGGACUGCCCAUAGAAGCAAAUUUAAGAGCAUUUUCUUUGUUUAAACUGAAAAAAAUAUAUAUGUUGCAGACAAGUUAUCCUUUUAGAGACAUUUAGGCAGUCAAAUUAUUUCAUCUGUGGCAUUCAUUUUCUAGACCUUUCAGACUUGUUUCAUUAUCUUAGAAACUCGUCAGUUGUAGAAAUAGGACCCACGUGUUGCUGUCUGUAGUAUGUGUAUGGCAGGUUUCUGAAGGCUCGCACUCCCAAGUUUAAAUCUGUCACAGUGAAUGAUUUGGUUGCACUUUGCAUAUUUAGAUUAGCAGUAAGAGAGUAGUGUAGUUUGUCAGACAUCAUCAGGCUGAUGUUUUUUUUACAUCGUUCCUAAACUGUUUCUUUAAAAAUCCUAUCUAUGAGAAGAAACCAUAAAGUGAUUUCUCAGCUAAGAAAUUGUUUUCCAAAGGUACACUCAUUGUAAUUUUGUUUCCUUAAGGAAUGAGUAGGUGCUUGGUUAUUUGAUAACUGUAGGUUAUAGCACAUAGUUUAUAUAAAAUUUAGUUUUCAGAUGUUUGAUCUUCAACGUGGUCAAUCUGAUGGAUAUAAGUUUACUAGUAUAUACCCUUAACAAUGUAGAAACUUAAAUUCCUGUAAAGGAUGGCUUUCUUUGGUAGAUUUAUGAAGAUAUUGGAGGCAUUCCUAACAGGUGCCUCAACAUGUAUCAAUGUUCUAUAUUUUUCUUUUUUAAUAAUUGUAAUCCAUUCAUUGUUCAUGAUUGUUCAGUUUGUGCAUCAAGGUAUGUUUUUUUUGUAUUGCAUUUUAUAAUUCUCACAAAAGUGCUCUGCACAGUAGCCUGCCCCAGUAUUAUUUUUAAUGUCAUUUAUGAGGGGAAUGCGAGUAAGUGAUUGAGUAGCAAGUAAUGCUUUUUAUACAAGUCAUUAAAUUAUACUUUGAUUCACUAUAAUUUUACCCACCUUAGACAUGCAAGUCUAUGCAAUGUAAUGUCAACCCCCCCAAUUCCAGUAAAACAGAAACUAAAGAAAAUGUUUCAUGUUACGUUACAUGAAAUAUAAUAUUUAUUAGGUGGUAGGGAUUUUUACACAUUGUGUUCAUUUUAGACUUAUUAGAAAAGUAAUUAAAGUUAUACAUUUAUAUUAGUUAAUUGUAUAUAUAAAACAGCUGGUCUGUUAGUAGCACUGUGUUGAUAGCCACAUGUAUAUUUUAUUUCAUACCACAUGCUUUGUUUCUAAAGUGAGAGAUACUAUGAGUAACUUACAUUUUAUGUUCUGUUUUUUCAUUUAACAAAGUUGUGCAAGUCUUUUCUGCUGUAUGCCUGUCAAAGUCUGUAGUAGGAAGUGCUGGGGCACAAUAUUUAGGAAGAUAUUAUGGAGUACAAUCCAAGCAUCAUUUUUUUUAACAAGUUAUUAUUGUGUGUUUUUAUAACAAUUUCAAGUAGCCUUUUGAGCACUUACAGUCUUACUAUACUUUGUGUGUUUGCCAUGCUGCCUAUGAAUUUUGAGUUUUCGCUGUACCAGUGUUGGUAAGCAGUUAGCUUGCAAUUAGCAUUACGUUUGUGUCAGUAAAAACGUGAAAGCUUGCGUGAGAGGUAGACAAUAAACAUAUCUUUUAAAGAUUUA